CAGAAAAGUUGGCAGGCUGCCGACGUGUCCUCUUCCAUCCUUGCUUGGUGAAUACCUUUCAAAUAGUGCCAUCAUCUUGUGUUAUGCACUUUACUUCUCUGCGGAGAGCACUAUGCAUCUUUGCAGUCGUUUCUACACUAUUCGAGUUGUCGCUCGCCGCGGUGCUGGCCAUUGACUAUGGCACUGACUGGAUGAAAGCGUCGUUGAUGAAACCUGGUGUUCCGUUCGACGUCUUGUUGAACAAGGACUCUAAGAGAAAGAUCCAGUCCUCCGUCGCAUGGAAAAGAGAUGACCGGCUCUUUGGCACCGACGCGGCGAACCUCGCUUCCCGUUUCCCCUCGGAUUCGUUUUCAUCCUUAAAGCUUCUCCAAGGCGCUCCUUUCGAUUCAGGUUCUGUAUCCUACUUCACCCAGAUAUCUACGUCCGACGUAGUUAAAAACACUCGUUCGUCGGUAUCCCUCAGGCAGGGCGAUGGCACAGAAUGGAGCACCGAGGAACUCAUUGCGAUGCAGCUCUCUUACGUCAAAAAGCUCGCUGAGGAUGUUGCCGGCGAACUUGUUCGAGAUGUCGUCGUAACCAUUCCUCCUUAUUAUACCCAAUUCGAGCGUGACGCCGUAGCAGACGCAAUAGAAAUCGCUGGACUGAAGACGCUGGCAUUGAUCAACGACGGAUCGGCAGUUGCGAUCAACUACGCCAUGACCCGCACGUUCUCCCCGACGCCAGAAUACCACGUCAUAUAUGAUGCAGGCGCGUCUUCCAUCCGCGCGACGGUCGUCUCGUUUGCAUCCGCGGAAGACCCAAAAACCAAGGCUCAGUUCACCCAAAUAUCCGUCCUCGGUGUCGGUUUCGAUAGGUCCACCGGUGGAACGGAGCUGGAUCGAAGACUCCGAGAAAUUUUGAUAGAGGCUUUCAUCAACAAGCACAAACGUGACAUACGAAGAGACAACCGGGGCAUGGCAAAGUUAUGGAAAGAGGCCGGACGUAUCAAAACUAUUUUGAGCGCUAAUUCUGAUGCGAUGGCAACGGUGGAGAGCGUCGCCUUUGACAUUGACUUCAAGGCGAAGAUUACUCGCGCACAGUUUGAAAAGUCUUGCGAAGGUUUGAAUGGCCGCUUUGCACAGCCGAUUUACGACGCCCUCGCCAGUGCCGGUUUGAGUCUGGAUAGUAUAGCGUCUGUGAUUCUCACGGGCGGAAGCUCAAGGACUCCCAUGAUCCAGACUGCAGUUAGGACCGCUGUCGGAGAUGAUCGUAUUGCAAUGAACGUAAACGCAGAUGAAGCAGCUGUCCUUGGCGCUGGCCUAUAUGGCGCUUCUCUCUCGAGGCAAUUUAAGACGAAAGACAUACGAAUCACCGACAUCCUUCCACACGAAGUGCAAGCUUCUUACUUUGCCUCGGCCCCGGGCUCCCGGACGAUCCAUAGUCUUAUUUUUCCCCGUGGCUCCAAGCACGGUACCAAGAAGACCCUCUCCUUCAACAAGCGGAAGGAAGACUUCUCGCUGUGGUUAGACUACAAGAACGAAGUGGCACCUGGCUUCCCUCGUGAAAUUCUGGAGGCGCAAAUAUCUGGCGUGGCGGAUGCUCUCGGAAACCUCACGGAACGUGGUGCGGUUGACCCUGUUGUCAAGGUUACUGUUGCUCUUUCCGACUCUGGCUUUGUAUCUGUGGAGGAGGCGAUAGCAUACGGUGAAGUUAAAUCAUCCAUUGCAGGAAAACUGAAGACGUUCUUUGGUGGAGGUGCAGGCGAGACCGACGGCGCAACAGGUGGAGAGAAAGAGAACGAACAGGUCGCAUUUUCCAAGGACAAAAAGGAGAAGGACGAAUCGAGCACUAUUCCCCUCCAGCUGGCGACCGUGUACUCGACACUUGCCCCGAUGUCCGUGGCAGAUAAAAGAUCGGCUCGUGAUAGGCUACGCGCAUUAGAUAACAUGGAAGUGUCCAAACAAUUCCGGGAGGAGGCAUUCAACACACUGGAGGGGUAUCUAUAUAAGCUCCGGGAUCUUCUCGAUGAUGGUCCCGAAACACCGUUCAUGAAGUGUUCCAAGCCCUCGGAGAGGGAGGCGAUUUCUCGAAAGGUGGCAGAUACCUCAGCGUGGCUCCAUAGCGACGGGGAAUCGGCUGAUACUUCCACACUUAUGGAGAAGCGGAGAGCGUUGGAGUCUCUUGAAAAGCCCAUAGUGCACCGGUACAGGGAAAUAGAGGAGUUCCCUGAAGCCCUAAAUAGCAGCCAGAAGUGGAAUUGGUCCACGCGACUCUUCCUCGCCGAAGCCCGGGCGAACCUCACAGCAGAGGCAGCGGCAGGACUUCCAUCGAAGUGGACAACCGAAGAGCUCGACGCGCUGGAGAAGGCGGUCAAGGAACACGAAGCGUGGUUGAACACCGGGGUCGAAAAACAGAAGCGUAUCAAGAUGAACGAAGAUCCGGCAAUAGAGACUAGAGACAUGCGGUCAAGGGCGAAGACCCUUGAGCUCCACUUGCAAAGAUUGGUAAAGCGGAAAGCGCCAAAGGUAAAGAAGACUCCAAAAUCAGCGGGGACACAGGAAAAUGGAGAAUCCAACGAGACCGAUGGUACACAACCGGCCCAUGACGAGCUAUAGAUCACGAUCGCAUGUUUAACCUCUAAUAAUGAUAGAGUGAACCAUUUAAUUUGAGGAGCUACUCGAGUACUUGAGUAUCGUGAAAUUGGG